AUGGACAUUAAUUUAAUGAUUAAUGAUUAAUACUUAAUAAAAAAGAAAAUUUCUUAAGGGUCAUUUGGUGUAGUGUAUGUAGGAUAAGAUGUUUAAACCAAUUAGUAUGUGGCAAUAAAGAUUGAAAAGAAUGAUUAGGGAUCCAGUUUAGAAAAAGAAGUAACUAUAUUUAGGUAAAUAAUAUCAAUAGGCAAAAAUUCUAUAGCAUUUGAAUGGAACACUUAAUAUACCUAGACUGUAUUAUUUUGGAGAACACAAGAAAUAAACACUAAUGGUAAUAAGUUUUUUGGGAAAAGAUCUCACUUAUUAUAUAAGACAAUAUAAAAAGUUUUCACUAAAAUGUGUACUAUUAAUUGCAGAGUAAAUGCUUAGUAUUCUUGAAAAUAUACAUUUAAAGUAAAAUUUGAUAUCAAUUUGAGAUCUGUCUUACAUAGAGAUAUAAAACCAGAGAAUAUAUUGACUGGAAGAGAUAAUGAUUCAAAUUUAUACUUAGUGGAUUUUGGAAUCAGUAAAUUUUAUAGAGAUAAAAAAGGCAGACAUAUGUAUUAUAAUUAAGAUUAUUCUAAGCAAUUUUUGUGAAAAUAAAUCAUUUUUAGGAACAUCUCGAUAUGCUAGUUUAGGAGCUCAUAAAGGAUAAGAACUUAGUAGAAGAGAUGAUUUAGAAUCUUUGGGAUAUGUUUUAAUUUAUUUAUUGAAAGGUUAAGUCUAUUAUUUUUAUUUAGGAAGCCUACCUUGGCAAAUUUUAAAAUUAUAGGAUGAAUAAAAAAUUAAAGCUGUAGGUGAUAUGAAAAAUACAAUACCACUUAAUGAAUUAUGUAAUGGUUUACCAAAUGAAUUUGAGAGAAUGAUUGAUUAUUCACGUAAAUUAGAUUUUAGAGCAACUCCAGAUUAUAAAUUCUUAAGAUCAAUGUUUUAAAAAUUAGCUCAUUAAUAAAAUAUUUAAGAUUAAUUAAGAUAUGAUUGGGAUUAUACACCAUCAUCACUUUAAGUUCCAAGUUCAGAAAUUGCAAUUUUAAAACGAUCAAGAAGAACUACAGAUUAAGAAUAAUAAGAUUUAUUAUAAAAUAGAAAAAAACAAGCAUCAUCAAGUACUCUAAAUGGUAUAGAUGGAUUAUCUGGACAUAGUUUUUUAAAAACACCAGAAUAGAAAUGUCGGAAUAUCUCAUUAACACCUGCAAAAUAAAAAAGUUAAUCUAGUUUUAAUGAUUCAUUCAGUAGUUGUAAUUAAAGUGGAAAUUAAACUGUUAUUGGUAUGCCCAGUCAAUAAAAUAAUUUAUCAUAACUUUCUUUUUUUGAAGAUAAUAAUAAUCUUCUAUCUUUGGCUUUAGAAAGCAUGAGUAAAAUUACAAAAGAAUAAUUAAAUUAAGAAGAACAUGAAGAAAAUAAUGGAGAAUUAAGUCCAUCUCCCUUAGAAGUUAAAUAUCUAAAACUAAAAAAAUAAUCAAUUCAUGUGUAAUUACAAUUUCAUAUAAUUUUAGUCAUUUUAAAAGAACUCUAUUAUAAAUAGAGUCAAUGAAUAUUCUUCCUCCUCAGUCUUCAUUUAAUUAAUGUUAGUGA